GUGAAACCCAAAAAAGCAGAUCACUUUAAAUUAUACUACUACUAUUUGGGUACACAAGUUGACAUCCAGUUGAAUAAAAUGCUAUAUCAUUGCCAGAAAGAUGACAAGAUCAUUGCCGUGUCGGUUAAAUAUAUUAUUAUUUAUUGAAGAUUCCGGCCUCCGGCCUCGUGCCGAUUAUAGAAUGUUCCUUCUUUCUGGUUUCCACUUCCCAAUUUCCAAACUUUUUAAAAAUACUGCAUCGAUUGGUUCCUCAAUGCCAUCCAAAUUCAUCUGAAACUUGAAAACUUCUAUUCCCAAAAAGGGUAAUAAAAAUGAGAGUUUUGGUGUGUUUUUGUCCUUCCCUGAUGCUGCUUUUGGUGCCAUGUUGCUUUGUAAAUGUUCUCCUUGUUUCCGGGCAAUGUCUUAGUGAUCAGAAAACGUUGUUGCUUCAGCUCAGGGACAGUUUAAAUGUACUGCCAUAUUCUCUUUCUACUAAGCUUGUUGGAUGGGAUAAGGAUACUGAUUGCUGUUUCUGGGCUGGUGUUACUUGUGAUUCAUUUGGUCAUGUCAUCGGCCUUGAUCUCAGCAAGGAAUCGAUCACCGGAGGCAUCGAUGAGGCAAGUAGUUUGUUUAAUCUUCGAUUCCUGCAGAGCUUAAGUUUGGCUGAGAAUUACUUUUAUUCAGGCCAGUUACCAUCAAAUUUUGGGAAGCUUACUUCAUUGAGGCACCUGAAUUUGUUUGCUUCCGGAUUUAACGGCCAAAUUCCAGGUGAUUUUUCCAAAUUGACAAGCUUGGUAAGUCUUGAUCUCUCCGGAAACGGUAUCCGAUUUGACAACCCAAAUCUUGAAUUCUUACUUCGGAAUCUCACAAGUCUUCGAGAACUGUAUCUUGAUAGGAUAGAUUUUUCAGCGCAGGGGCUCGAGUACUUGUGCCGGGUUUUGUCUUCUUCACAGCCUGAUUUGCAAGUUUUGAGCCUGUCUGGUUGUAAUCUUUCGGGGCCGAUUGACUAUUCACUAGCAAAACUCAAAUCCCUUUCUGUCAUACGUCUUGAUUACAACCAUUUUAGUGGCCCGAUUCCAGAGUUCUUUGCGGAUUUUCCCAAUCUUACAGACUUGAGCUUAAGUUCAUGCGAAUUGAGUGGAGAAACUCCAGAGAAAAUAUUCCAGGUACCAACUCUUCAAACUAUUGACUUGUCCGGAAAUUCAGAGCUUGGGGGUUCCCUGCCCGAAUUCCCUGUAGAGUCAUCGCUUCAAAAUCUGUUGCUAAGCCACACAAAUUUCUCAGGAAACUUACCAGAUUCAAUUGGCAAUCUCAGAAUGUUGUCCACAUUAGACUUGAGUGUUUGUAACUUCACAGGCCCUGUCCCUAGGUCAGUCGAAAACCUGGCUCGCCUCGUAAAUGUAGUCUUGUUUGCCAAUCACUUCAGCGGCGCAAUUCCAUCUUUUACCUCUUCCAGAAAUCUUACUACCCUUAACCUCCGAUCCAAUCAGUUUUCGGGUAAUAUUUCUUUCUUCCAAUUUGUAGCACUUGAAAAACUUGUGGAGCUUGACUUAAGUCAAAAUUCAAUCGAAGGCCAAAUCCCUGGAAAUCUUUUUUCUCUGCCAUCACUAGAGAAGUUGAUACUUUCAUACAAUAACUUUUCGGGUUCUAUUGCUAAAGUAGCUCUGAAGAAGUCUUCCUCACUGAAAUACAUCCAGUUGCUGAGUAAUGAAUUACAAGGUCCGGUGCCUCAGUUUCUGUUUCAUCUAGAAAAUCUUACUAAUCUUGAUCUUUCUUGGAACCAGUUUAAUGGAACCGUAGAUUUGAUCCAUUUCAGAAGUCUACCUCAACUUGUUUCUCUUGAUCUUUCAUAUAAUAGGUUGGUUGUUAACACAAACAGCACUUUUGCUGAAUCUUCUUCUCUUCCCCUAUUUCAAGAAUUGAUGUUAGCCUCAUGUGGUAUCGGAAACUUUCCCAACCUACAGAACCAGUAUGAACUUAAGCUGCUAGAUCUGUCAAGCAACCAAAUAACGGGAGAAAUUCCUUCCUGGCUAUGGGAUGUUGGAAAUGGAAUUUUUCAGUAUUUGAAUCUUUCUCAUAAUCAGUUGACACAUCUUCAAGAACCUCAGAAAUUUGUGUCUCUAAAAACUCUUGACCUGACCUCGAAUUUCCUCACGGGGCAACUUCCAGCAGACAUUGGCAAUUACCUGCCACAACUUGAAUAUUUCUCCAUCGCAAACAAUAGGUUCUCGGGUACUAUCCCUGCAUCACUGUGCAAUGCAAGUAGCCUUAGAGGAAUAAACUUUUCCAACAAUACCUUAAGUAAAAGCAUACCGUCUUGUUUGUUAAACACUAGUGAUCAUCUUUUCCUGCUCAACUUAGGAAGAAACAACCUCACUGGCAAUAUACCUGACAUAUUGAUGUCCAGAUGUAGUUUAGGGGCUUUGGAUCUGAGUUUCAAUCAUUUAGGAGGACAGGUUCCUUCAUCCUUAUCCGGCUGCAGAAGUCUAGAGGUUUUAAACCUAGGUGGAAACAGAAUAGAUGAUGACUUCCCUUGCUGGAUAAACAAUUUCACUCUCCUUCGCGUGCUUGUAUUGCGUGAUAACCGCUUCCAUGGAAGCAUCACUUGUCCUGGAAACAACUACAGCUGGCCAAAACUACAAAUUGUGGAUCUUGCAGAAAACAGAUUCAGUGGAACACUACCAGCAGUUCUUUUCUCGAGUUUGAAGGCAAUGACAGAAGAGGGAGAUGAUCCUAGUGUUCGGUUAAUUCAGUUGCAGUCUGAAGGCAAGGACAUUCUAAGUAUAUAUCAAGACUCAGUGACAAUUGUCAUUAAAGGGGGGAAAUGUGAGCUGAAUAAAGUGAUUAUCACGUCUAUCGACCUCUCCAGCAAUCAUUUCCAAGGAUAUUUGCCCAAAACACUUGGAGAGCUUCGAUGGGUUCAUCUUCUUAAUUUGUCACACAAUCACUUCACAGGACCAAUUCCACCGUCAGUCGGUAACAUGAAGAAACUGGAGUCAUCAGACCUCUCAUUCAAUCUUCUCAGUGGGAAAAUCCCACUUCAGAUUGCAGGUCUUACAUUCAUUUCAAUCUUUAAUGUCUCUUACAAUCUGCUGUAUGGACCGAUCCCGAAGGGUCCUCAAAUUCAAACACUUUCAGAAAGUAACUUCUUAGGGAACAGUGCUCUACAUGGUUUGCCCCUCAGUAUACCAAGCAAUUCACAUUCUCCAAAAGAAUCUCCAGUUCCACCACCUGAGGAUAAGGAAUCAGCUGUUUUCGAAAGUGACGUCUAUUUCAGUGCAGCAAUCGGAUUUCUUACCAGCUUGUUAGUCAUGUAUUGGUCACUUUUGUGUAAUAAGAAAUGGAGAAAAUGGUACAACAACCAUCUAAACAGAUUUGUUCUAGGAGUUCUGUAGGACUGGGUAGGUUGUGUAGAAUAGUCAGUUUUACAAACAUCAGUAUACAGUUUUAAUUAAUCUUGUUGUAUCUAGACUAGCGGUUUAUGUAGGACUGCAAAGGCUUGCGGUUUAUGUUGUGAGAUUCAUAUUGAUUUUUAUCAGCCUACACGAAUCAUACCAUAUAGCUAGGUUACGUAUACAUGGUGCCAGUUUUUUGGUCCAUGAUCUGCCCUUAUAUUGGAAGAUGACUUUUGUUAAUUCUAUGCUUUCAACAGGGAACAGAACUUGCUUCCAUGAGAGAAUCCGCAGUGAAGAAGGCAGAAUCAAUAAUUAAUGAAAACCUUCAAACUUUUCAUUGUGCAUUGGGCGGCUGCAACAUCAAAAUCAUUCAGCUUUAUAUGCUGCAUGAUCAUGGAGUAAGAGAAGCUUCCGGUGCUUUCAGCCACCCUCAGUACAUGAAGACUGAAAAUUUUCAAAAGCAAACAUUCUCAACUAUGAAAUUAAUGCACCUCGAUGAGAUGAGCAAAUCACAUAAAUGCAGUCCAUGAUAGUAAGUUGUGUAACAUUAUAGCAGCUGACAAAGUUGACGGCCAAAAGAAAAGGUGUUCAAGGCCUGAUUGAGGUACCACAGCUAGGCAGUUCAUAGUCUUUUCAACCUUCUCCGAAGCCUUUGCAGCCCUCAGAUAAGAACCUGUCAUAGAUUCAUCGUGCCAGGAGCAGUUUAAAGAUUUUAUCACACAGUUAUAUUC